AAUGUUUAAUACAUUCAAAUAAAUAUAAUAUUAUAUGAGUUUUUUGAGAUCUAAAAAAAUGAAAUAUUGUAAUUUAGUAAUCCCUAUAGAAAGUGCUUAUGUAGUGAUGAAUGAAUUAGCAAGAUUAGGAUAGUUUCAUUUUUUAGAUUAUGAUCCAUAAUUAUCAAUGAUCAACAGACCAUUUGCUAAUUAUGUAAAAAGGUAUUAAUAAAAUGAACUAAUAUAAGAUAUGAUUCAAUUUAAAAAUUGAAUUUUUUUGAACUACUUCUUGAAGAAUUCAAAAAAAAUCUUCAUUAUUGUGAAAAUGUUCAAACGUUGUUAGAUUAUUUAUAAUAAGUUCAAUAUAGAAGAAUGAACCAAGGACAUGCUUAAUUUGCUGAAUUUUAACAAGAAAUAGAAUUUUAAAAAUAUAAAUUCAAGAGUAAUUUACUAAUUUGUAAAAUCUACGGAAAAGUAAAUAUAAUAACAGAAUAAUAAUUGGUUUUGUAAAAAGCAUAAGACAUUCUAGGUUAAUCAGCAUUCUCAUAGUAUUUUUAUGAUUUUAAUUCUAUAUAGUUGUAAUAGAUAAAGAAGAAGAAGUUCGAUUCACUUUGUUAUUUAUUACUUCAAUUUUAAAAAUCUGCUAAUUUUAUGUAAAGUUUAAAUUAUGAAGAAACAUUUAAGUUUAGAUAAAAAAUUAUUAAUUUUUAAUUAUUUAUAAAAAGUAAAUAAUAUUUAUUUAUAACUUAAUAAAACAUAAUUCAACGAGAAAAAAACUUUUCAUUUGAAUUAAGUUUAAUAUUAUUAUAUUAUAGGAUGUAAAAUCUUCGCCUAGAUAUAUUAGGAGGAAUUAGUAAUACUGCUUCCUAUCUUCGUUUUUGGGCAUUAUCUUUAGCACAUGGAUAAUUAGCAGAAGUAUUCUAUAAUAUGUGUUUGCCUGGAAAUUAGAAACAGGAGGAAUCUUAGGUGGGUUGUUAAGAGGAUACUUUUAUCUUUUCUUACUUUUGGAGUUUUGAUGACUUUGGAUGAAAUGGAAUACUUUUUGCAUGCUCUACGUUUACACUGGUAUGAUACACUUUAAUCAAAGGGUUGAAUUUCAGAAUAAGUUUUAGGAUAUUUGUUUAUUGGCUAUUCUUACAAAAAAAUUUUGA